ACACCUUCCACCUCCUCUCGACUCGCACACACCCACACGCCGCUCGCUCGCUCGCUUGCUCUCGUCUCGUCUCGUGUCGUCUCGCGCCGGACAGCACGCCCCAUCACCCGCCCGCCCUUCACCACCGCCACCAAGCCCCGGUCCUCCACGCCCAUCGUGGGUAGAAGGAGGAGCUGCAUAUGUGACGAAGGGCGGCCCCGAAACACAAACAAACGCACGCCUCACGACUCUAAACUCCCAACUCGUCCCUCUCCUCCGUCCACUAAAGAUACGAGUAGAAGGAAGGAAGGAAGGCAGGCAGGCAGGCACCCUGAAGCAACUCCAUCAUCGCUCGUUAAGUGAAGAGUGUUGUACUGGAAUUCACUGUAACCAAACUUCGUAGCAUCGUCGCCACUUCGAAACGUCACGCAAACAAGUCACGUCAAUACGAGAAUCCCUCCCAUUCCUGCGUCACUGCCUACUACUGCAGCUAAUACCUCUACUGCCACUACUGCUGCUGCUUCUGGUGGUGGUGGUCCUGUCCUUGGUCCUCCCUGACCCCCGAGCUCUUGAGUGAGGGCGCCGGCUGGUUAAAGAAGCACUGCUAGACGUGACUCCGCGCUGCUGUUGCUGCUCUCAAGGUCGCCCCGUCCUACCUCUUCCGUCACCGUCAUCGCCUCCGUCAUCAGCUCACUUUUCACCUCGAUCAACUUUUAAUAGUGACGUGCUAGCUACCCCUUGUCUGCCCGCUUGGUGGUAGUGGUGGUGUCGGUGGUGGUGUACCUGCGCGUGUGUGCGUGUGGUGUGACAGGUGUGGUGGAGGACUACAGGUGUGUGAGGACAGACACACGGACAAGGGUGAUGGCUUCCUACGCCACCUACAGGCAUGUCGAAUUGGACCGUGUGGGCGUGGGGAAGAAAAGGGUCAACCAUCCGCCAGGCGGAAAAAUGAAGCUCAACGCUGAGGCUGAACCUGACAGCCGCACGGUGAGGGUGCUGAAACCGCCUGGUGGAGGAUCAUCCAUUGUCUUCGAUGAGGAGGAAAACAAGCCCAUCAAGAGCAAGCCCCAGCCUCAGCAGCAGCCGCCCAAGGAGGAUACCCCACAGGCUGAGACAGUAGAGAAACAGGCACCACCACCCCCGCAAGAGUCAGGAGACGCCAAGCCUGAAACCAAUGGUAUGAACUCCCAUGACUCUGUCAAAGAGGAUGCUGCCGCCUCUAGGGACAGUUUCCCUAGUUCUGCACCCAACGGGUCCCCAGCUGUUAAUGGGUCAAGUGCUAUUAAUGGAUCUGUGAGCAGUGGCUCCACCAGCAGCAUGUCUCCAUUCCCCGGAGGCACCCCUAAACACUUGAACACCCAGACGCGCAUCUUCGGGGAGGAUCAUAACGUCCUCACACCCAGGCGUCGUCUGCGGGACCAUGAACGCAGCAACAUCUUCGCUGAUGAAGGGGCCGCCAACGGCACCCACAGGCCAGUCUUUCGACAACCACGGAUGCGGCGGGAUCCGGUGACGGGUGUGGGGGUGCAGUGCUGGGACCUCCACGCCCCCCGCUGUGCACCCAGCAAGUGGAAAGCAGAUAGCUCUAGCAGCAACAGCAGCAGCUCUUGCCCCAGCAGUGGCACCCCAGAGGCCAGGACACCCGAGCAGGCUCCUCAACCUCAGCCACCACAGCAGCAGCAGCAGCAGCAGCGGCAGCGUGUUCCACCUGGUGGCUUCUCCACUCGGCUGUGGUAGUCGCCCUCCUCUGCUCUUCUGCUUAUUCCUCCCUUUUUUUCUUGCUACUCCUUUGCCUUCUUCCCUCCCAACUUCACCACCAAUAUCCCUCACUUAUCGCAACAUUCACAGCACUAAGGCCACACAGCUUUGAGUUUUGAGUGUGAGUGUGGCAGACGCAAAAUAAAACCAUCAAAAUAUCAAUACUUCUUGUCGAUGUUACUUGACAUUGUCCUGUAAGUGUUUGUCUACAUCCAAACACACACACACAAACACACACGCAUACAUUAUUUCAUCUUUGAUUUUAUCUCUCACUUUCUCUCGUUAUUUCACUUUAUUUUUUGGUGUAAGAUUCUUCACUAUAUAUUUUGUAAGGGAGUUUUCUUAUGUUGUGGUAGAGGUUAAUGUGGUUGUUUAAGAUAGAGGGAACUUUACUGUCAUAAUUUCUUAUUUUUAACACGUACAUAAUUAUAAUAAUGCAGUGCCACUCUGUCCUACUACUAUUAAUAGCUAUCUUUUUGCUGUGAGUCAUGAUAGAGAAUUAACUGUAGCUUUUCCCUAACUGAGCAGUACCUAUCCUAGCCUGUACUGUAACUGCUUAGUCCUCUUUGUACCAGUGGGCCAGCAGGAAACCAGUCCCAAAGAGUGUUGUGAAUCUUUCUGUUUGCUUUUCAUCCCUGAAUGAGCAAGGCCACUUCUGCAUCCCAUAGAAACAAUACCUAGGGAGAGGCCAUGGCAAACAACUCUUGGGUGGUGGUGGUCACGAUUGAGGCCACACUAUGGUCCAUUCUUAGCUUUCAGUUGUGUCAAGAAGGUAUAAGUAUCCUAUUUAGCCAUAUUAAGAUUGCUCAACCAGUUUUGCUUUUUCCUUCCUUCCUCUUGAGCCAGGUUAACCGAGGUCAGGAUCAGGUAGAGUGUAAGGACGACUAUUCUCACGCACCAAAAGAAAAAAAAUACUUUACUUCUUAUCCAUUCCAUGUUAGCAUUAAGCUCCUCCUAAUCCUUGGAGACACUGCUGCUGCCAAAGUAAAUUCACAAAGUGAUUGAAGGUGCCUGGUAAUCCAUCCACAUAUCAUAGCAUCACUUGGAGGUCCCAUGAGGAAAGUGUGUGGAGCCUCCCUGCAUCAUCCCAUGUCACACCCUAACCAACACCCUCCCUUCCUUAUUGUGGAUCAUUUAUCUACUACUACAUAUUAUGAAAUCAUUUUGGUAGGCACUGUUAGCAUCCCUUUUCCUUGAUUGUCUGGACAGCAUUCCAGCGACUGUGAUAAUUCUUGUGUUAAUUAAGAGAGAGAGAGUGUGGCCGCAAGGAAGGUAGAGGUAUAUGCACCUUCUGUAAAGUCCUGCUGCUUGCUUAGAACUGGCCCCGUCUGGCUCUAUAGUAAAGCUACUUUGUAUUAGUUUUAAUAAAUUAAUAAUCUGUCAAGGGUUUUCAUCUACAUGCUGUUUAACCUUGACUGGGUUGUAUUAUAUAUGGCA